AUGGGCGGUCACGCAUUCCUCACCCCAGGUCACCGUCUGACCACUCUUCAACUCCAACAAUUCACUCAAUACUGUAUCUCCCAUCUUGAUACCAUAUUCCCACAAAUGGCUUCUUUACGUCAUUUCGAAACUAAAACCUCUCAUGGUGAUCUAGACUUGCUUUGCGCUUGGUCGGAUUAUCCAGCCGAUGGGAAACCUCUCACAGGUCAAGAGAAGGGAGGUGAAGGAAUGGAAUAUGAAGCUACUGGGAAAGGUGGUGGUAGGUAUAGAGAGUUAUGUGAGGAAGUUACGAGAAGAGUUGGGGCAAAGGUUUGGAAAAGAGGGUCGGUAGCUAUAAGUUUGGCUGUACCGAUUAGGUUGAUAGAUGAGGUUUAUGCUAAGGGAUUGGAAUGGUUAGGUGAUAUGGAGCCAUUCUACCAAGUCGAUCUUAUCCUCACACCCGUCUAUUCAUUCACAUACAAUCUCUUUCAUACGUCCUUCGGUCAAGUCCCACUUCUCCUCUCCAGUUCCUUACACCGAGCAUCGAAAAAGAUUCAAUGUCAUCCUGCCAGUCUUUGCAUCCGACAUUUACCUUACAUCGGUCUUCGUCCAAUAACCGUCAAACUCACCACGGACGUAUAUGAGCUAUGUCAAUGGGCUGGGUUGAAUUAUGAUCGAUGGUUAUCAGGAUUCAAAGAUGAAGAAGAUUUAUGGGAAUGGCUCACAACUCCUCCCGGUUGGGAAAAGGGGAUAAAACAAGUUCGUGAACGUCGAAUUCCUGAUGAAGAUGGAGAGACUAGUGGUUCUUCUUUCGAUACUGAUAAUUUCGUCAAAGGUAUAGGUGUCGACGACAAAGAUGGGAAUCACGUUCCUGUUUUAGUACACGCUUGGACUCAAAUGGGUAAAAGGAAAGUAGCGUACGAAAAAGAUUGGCAUAGAGAUGCUGAUACUAUCAUGCCUCGUUUCGCCGCUUAUAUGUGUUCGGAAGGAAAUAAAUGGCAUCAACCUAUACAGAAGAAGAUCCGACGGACAAGUCAUGAUAAGGUCAAAGAUGUUGAGAAAUCAAACGUUCAAACUUCUUCCGAGCUUAAACCUCAAUCAAUUCCGAAGGUCAACAAUAGUCAAAACAUCGUUUCAUCGACGGGAGCGUGUGGAGCGGACGUGGUAGAGUCUGUCGAACAACAACAAGAGGUUGCUAUCACAACAGUUGAUGAAAGUCAAAAGAAGGAAGAAGCUAGGAAUGCUUCUCUUGUCGAUCCCGAUUCACCCGCUCCGUUGGACAGACACGUCCUCUCUGCUCUCGCCUACUUUGGAAAACAAGAAGUGUACGAUCUCGAAUUAGAGGAUAGAUGUCAGAAAGCCAAGGUGUUGGCUGGUCAACAACAAGAAAGGGUUUCAAGAAGGGAAAAACAUCAGGCCGAUGUAUUGUCGCAAAGUACCAGAUCGCCAGGGGCUAUAUCGGCUGGCCCGGUGGAUUCAGAUCCGGCCAGAGAGGAAAUGGAAGCCUCGACAUCAUCACAGGAUGGGAUGACUGAGACAAAAGCAACCGAGUCUUCCGAGGGAGUCACAUCUGAACAGGAGUCGGACAGAGAUGAUACAGUCAUUAGGGAGGGAGAGGAUAAGAAGGAAAGCAAGGAACAAGUGUCAGAGGAAGAAAUGGAGAUUGUUCAGUCAAGAGUAGGAGCUAUGCUUUCUCCCUGACUAUAUCUGGUAUGUUUCUUGAUGAUUUGGUUGAGUUACUUGUGGAUCUGAGGGACGACCUGGCGACCUAACGAUUUGACGACCCAGUAGUGUGAUGACUUGGUGAAUGAGCGACCCAACGACCUGACGACUUGACGAUGUGAUACGACGAUACGGUUUACGAACGACAUGAUG